AUGAAGCUCAACAUCUCCUACCCGGCCAAUGGGUCUCAGAAGAUCAUCGAGGUUGACGAUGAGCGCAAGCUCCGUCCCUUCAUGGAGAAGCGCAUGGGAACCGAAGUUGCCGGCGACUCUCUCGGUGACGAGUUCAAGGGUUACAUCCUCAAGAUCACCGGUGGUAACGACAAGCAAGGUUUCCCCAUGAAGCAGGGUGUUCUCCUCCCCACCCGUACCCGCCUCCUCCUUGCCGAUGGCCACAGCUGCUACCGCCCCCGCCGCACUGGUGAGCGCAAGCGCAAGUCCGUCCGUGGUGCCAUCACCGGUCAGGACCUCGCUGUUCUUGCCCUGAGCAUCGUCAAGCAGGGUGAGGGCGAGCUCCCCGGUCUCACCGACACCGUUGUCCCCAAGCGCCUCGGCCCCAAGCGUGCCACCAAGAUCCGCCGCUUCUUCGGUCUCGACAAGAAGGACGACGUCCGCAAGUUCGUCAUCCGUCGUACCGUCACCCGUGAGGGCAAGCCCGACUACACCAAGGCCCCCAAGAUCCAGCGUCUGGUUACUCCCCAGCGUCUCCAGCGCAAGCGCCAGCGCAUUGCCCUCAAGCGCCGUCGUGCUGAGGCUGCCCGUGAGGCUGCUAACGACUACGCCAAGCUCCUUGCCAGCCGUGUCCACGAGGAGAAGGCCAAGCGCGAUGAGCUCCGCAAGCGGAGAGCGUCUUCGAUGAGGAAGUAA